AUGCGUCUCACAACACCUUUAUUACUCUCACUCGUUUCUCUUCUGGAAGCUUCAGCUCGUCCUGAACCUGUACCUCAACCCCUACCCCAACCUCCACCCCCUCAACUCCGUUACCUACAACCUCGCCCUCCCUAUCAACCACCUUCCAUCCCAAAAUCGAACCAAAAACCCAAAGUAAAUUCUCAACCAAUUAUCAUCCAAGAUACUUUCUUAGAUGACGAUGAAGAAUCAAUCUCUUCGAUUCAAUCGGAAGGAUAUCAAGAAGAAAUCAUAGUUAAAACUCCCGAAGAAAUUGAAGAAGAAGAACAAGCUGCUUGGCUUGCUUUGAGAGAAAAAGAUAGAGCUAAUAGAGGUAGAACUGGUCCUGUUGGUUUAGCAGAAGAAUUCGCAGGUUAUGCAAGAGCUAAAAAAGGUCCAAGAAGGAGAAGAAGAAAGAAUGUUAAUAAAGUCAAAAAAGAGAAUUUAAAAAUCCGAGAAUUUGAUGAAAGUGGUAAAUCGGAAUUGGGGAGUUUAGCAAGGGGUUUCAAAGAUGAAUAUGAAAAGAAAAUGGGAAUGAGGAAAGAAAAAGUUUUGAGUGGAGAUGAAGAUAAAUGGAGAGAUUACGCUCAAGCUGAAACUGUUGCUGCGGCACAUUCGAUGGGUAAAGCUAAAAAGGUGGAAGAUGAUACUGAGAGAAAUAACAAGAUGGGAAAGGAUACGGAAAGUAAGAACGGGGAAGGAAAUGAGGGGGAAGGGAUGGAAGGGUAUUCGAGAUGUUUGACUCAAGGUAGGAUAGUAGGGUAUGCUAGGUAUCCCGGUUGGGUGUUGGAAGGAGAUGAGUUGAGCGGGUCAGUACCAGUCACACCGGAAAUGUCGUGCAUGUCAGCCUGUACCCAUUAUGGGGAGGCCUGCACAGGGGUUUCCUUCUCCCCAUCCAAAAAGUCCUGUCGAUUGAAAGGUAUCACCAUCCUCUCUUGGGAUCUACGACCUUCGACCGCGACUGGAGAUGUGGUCGAUCUGGCAGGUGGAUGUGAAGCUUGGGCUCCAUUUGUUCCCCCCGAGAUGAACGCAGUAUGCUGUGACGCCUGA